CGAGCUGCAUCUGUGUGAACUGAGACAUCAACGUGAGCUUUUGAAUGUAGAAGAAGAAUCUUCGUUCAUCGCCUUUCUUCCAUGGUGUAUUCGGUAUCGGUCACCUUCCUCCAUCAUUUGUUGUGUGCACACCGACCAUGAUAAUUUACGAGUCGUCAGUUGUCUGACUGAGAACGAGAACGAGAUCUGCGAUGCCUAUCGGCCCACACAUCAUGAGAUCCCUUGACCUACACCGACAAACACACACCGCCUCACCUCUCACGACUGUCCUCUUCGUUUUUCGCACAGUAUGUAAAUACGAAACAAUAAGUAAGCUUAAAAUGGAUUACGAUAGAUGAGCAUGAGUGAGUAGUAUCUAUUAUGAUAGACAACAUAAACAUAUUGCAGGUACUAGUCUUGAACAUGGUUGUACUGGAUCGUUAUAUUGUAAAGAUGCAUACGCGGAUCGUUAUUUAUGAUCAUUAUUCAAUUUCUCCAAAACUUCUCCAUGAUUAUGACACCAGUCUCUCUUGAAACCUCACAUCCCAAAAUAGAAAUCCGUAGGUGUUAGUAGAAGAGUGUUAGGUUGCAUUUUUGUGCGUCUUGUUCGGUCGUCUUUCAACAUCGAUUUGUUCCGCACCACAAGUUAGUAGCAGAUUUUUCUGUUUUUAAAGGAGCUUGCUUCGUCAUUACCGCGUCAUCGUCAAUAGUCCAUUGAUACUGAUUUUGAAAAAUUGUGUUUCCGUAUUUUUUGCUCUACAACGUCAACUAAUUUUGACGGAAAGCAUUUCAUCAGGCGGAAUCAAUCAAUUCAACUUUCGACGGGUCAAUCGGACCGGAACAGAAGAAUUUGUCAGAUUCUUUCAUUUCACCUCGAAGAGCACUUCUCCGCAUCAAGCUCACAAGCAAUUCCGCACGGCUCUUGCGACAUCCUCUGCAAAAUCGAGACGUUUUAUCGAGCAUCGACGGUCUGCUAGUUGAGUCCGACAAAGAAAUACAACGACAAUGAUGCAACAAAAGGGUGGACCGCUGAAGAUGGUAUUCUUUAGUUCUUUUUGUUUUCAACAAGAACAUUUUCAUUUGAGUACAUAUAUUGAAAGUAUAUGAGCUGAGACAGCCAUAAACCAUCGAUAUGCCAGCGUUGGAACAUCGUCUUUCACGACAUGUCGAUCCGCAGAGAUAGCUUGAUCCAUACGAGUACAACAAGAUUUUUCAUACACCAAUCAUGAAAUUAACACCAGAACUACCCGGUGAUGGCACCCCCGGCAGGAAAGGGUGGAAAGGGAACUAGAGGACAGAACCCCCGUCCGAAAUCGGUGUACAAAUAUGUUCCUGGUGAUUGGAUUUGCCCGACGUGUGAAGAUUUGCAAUUUCGCCGCAAUCAGAGUUGCCGAAUCUGCGGAACGAUGAAUCCUAUGGUAAUUUGUGCCAUUUUGUUUAUUUGGGAUAGGUUCGUCUACUUGCAACUAGAACUACAUGAUAUGCAUAUUCAUUCCAGCACCCAUUCUAAGUCCAAUACUAUUUUUGUCUGUGACAUCAUUGACAAUGUUGAAUGUUUUUGUUCAUGAGGUCCUGGCUCAGGAAUUAGCUAUUGCAGCGGGAAAGUCCCUUUCUGGAAUGCCGUUCGCGCAAGCUAGCAAAGAGACCGUUAUGAGUAUGAAGGGUCUGGAGGAGAUGCACAAGGGAAAAGGAAAGGGUACUUCUACCUAAAAAUAAUAGAUAUAACUUUCGAUUACUUGGGUCACGGAAGAAAUCAGUUUGGAUCAUCGUGCUGUUCGACUGGAAGUAUGAGGUAAAGAACGUCGCCCGUCUUCUACCUCGGAGUGAAAAAACUGAAACAGGAUGAAAACAAAGCUACUUCACACAAUAUCUAAACUGACCUUCUACUGCUAGGUAUGCCGGGUUCGGGUGACGUUUCUGUGCAUAGCAUUGGAAGUGCUCCUGGUGUGACGAGUGGAAAAUUCAAUCCCAACGUGCCUGCACCACCACUCGCGACCUCUACCCCGUACCUUGCUGGUCAAAGCGGGCCGCAGCCUUUCGACGUGAUGCCCCCGAACGUAUCCAUGCCGCAACAGCCUCUCUCCGCAGGCGGAGCACCGUACAACUUCGGUAAUCCGAUGCUGCUCGCUUCGCCCGAUUACCUCCCGCCACCGGGUUUCGCACACCCGAAUGUUCUCGCGGCCGCACUCCAGCACCCGUUCCCCAUGGUGCAACCGAGUAUGCAGCCGACAGUUCGUACUAAAGUUCUAUGGAUGUAGUUUAUGAUUCAAACGAUUAUCUUCAACCAGUUCUUCCGCGGACGUAAAGAAAAAGUAAACCUUCAAAGUACACAACAAGAAGAUGAACAAGAAGUAGUAGACCCAUCUUUCUUGAUCAGGCGUUAGUUUUGACUGUUAUAUCUUUGCUUCCCUCGUCCUGCUCCCUAAUUCAACUUUGAUUCAAUCCCAAAUCGAUGUCAACCCCCAGCCGGAAGCUUGUACCCAUACGGCACGGAUCUUUCGGAUGGUCUCUUGGGUCCUCUCGUAUUCCACUUGGAUGACGGACGCCAGAGGGUAGACGAUAUUUUGUUAAGCUGUUUUCAAAAAUACGAACUCUACUAGUAGGUCAUGAUGCCUCGUCUGAUCGAUGUACUUGUGGUUUCUUUUUUUGACAUGAUUGUUUCUAUGUUCAACGUUCAUCCACCCCUACUGCAACACAAAUGGACAUUACGUAGCAGCUGCGUCUGCUGCAAUUAUUUUCUUAAUAUAUAACGCACACAUGCAACACUCUACUACAGGAAAUGGACCAAAGCGGACCUUUUCUGGGCAGUUACAGCGGAUACUAAUUCUGCUGACGAAUAAGAACAAUAUUGGGAUAUCUGCUGAGUGCGGACGAGGAACUCAUCUUCUGAGAAGAUCAUUCAGCAAAGAGAAAAAUGCAAUCUACCAUCACUUUCGCUAAAAUACUGCGUACUUACAUGUUGUAAGUGGAACCAAUGACGCCUGAGGAGGUAAUUUUCAUGAAAUUGAAAUACAAGUGGUUUUUCUUUUCGAUAUCAGUUAUAGAGUUGUCGUAAGAUUCAAUAGGAUAUGGUCCUCAUACAAAGAACUACACGCAGAGUCUCAGGUUUCCUAGGAAUGCAUGGGAUAUCAUGGGGGUCGUUCCAGUCAGUGAUAAGAAUAGUUUUCAUUUUGUGGCAUAUGCCUACGGCUACGUAAGAAAGCAUGUGAUACAUGUUUGAAAAUGUUCUUGCACUGUUGUAUGCAGCGCGAGGAUCAAAGCCUAGAUGUAAAUUUACUUUCUGUAAUGUUGAAGAACGACUUCCAUAGUAGAUAAUCCAUGCAUGCAAAGAUUCAUCAAGAUCUCAAAACACAUAAUUUACGUAGAAGGAUAGACCCCAUCUUCAGUAUCUUUACCUUCAUGAACAUGAACAUGAACACGAUCAUUAAGAUUAAGACCUCCAUAGUGAUAGAAAUAAGUUUAUGUUCCCAUUGCCUGCUGAUGACACGUAAUUUUGAUUUGAGUUUCAGAUUCGCAGUAUUAUGACGAGAAAUAUUAUUCUGAAUAAUUUAUUUGUAGUUCUAGUUUUUGAAUUUGUGGGAGAGGGAGGGCGAAAUUGAAGUAACUUCUGGUUCGUGAAUCUCUUGAAGUCAGCCUCCAGGAAAGUGUUUCGAAGUGCAAUGGGCGGGACAGGCUUUUCUUGUAAUUUGCGGGUGGCGAAGAUGAAGUUAUUUCAAACCGCCAUGGUUAAUUUCAAUGACUUGAAAUUAUGAAGUUGCGUUCAUGUGCUUACCGCAUUGAGAUUUAUCUUGGAUGUUUUUCCAAAAAGUGGGUGGGAUAAAAGAUAUUGGAGGAAGCUUGCGGGCGCUUUUUGGGGUCCAGUAUUUCCUUGUGGAGCGGCAGGAAGAGCUCAUGAUCACUCAGUAGCUAGGGGGGUAUCGCUCACGGGUGGGUCUAAUAUACUGGGAGUCUGCUUAUUUUUACGAAUUUGAAAAGAUCGACAUCAGGGGAAGGGGUGUUUAUCUAUCACAAUGUUUCUCACGAGCAGGUCCGUCUGCUCGAUUGACUCAUUCAUUGGCAGACUUAUCAUUCUGAGAACUGCGUACCAAACAUAAUCAUACCAGAUAAAGUAUUGGAUGAAGCUGACCCUAGUUCGUGAGUACUUAAAAAUAUUCGAUUAGUAGGGCGGAAUCGGAAAAGACCAAGACGCAAGAAAUUACCAAAGCAACUCGUCUAGUUGUUAGUAGGCUGCAUGGAUUGUACGCUUGUCUGAUGUGCUUAGGUAUUGGUUGCAGCUUGCUGUAGGCAUUGAGGCUGCAGGACCGGAAGAUGCUUAACAUUUAGGUAAAGAGCGAUGUUUCUUCAGUGCUUACCGCGGUUCUUCAUCCAGUUUUCCUUUGUGAGAAAAGAUCGGGUGGCCCGAACGGGUCGAGUAUAAUUGUCUAGGAUUAAUACCAGUUGCUCAUAUUCAUAUCAACAUUCAUCGAAAAAACAUAUUUUGACUAGAGCUUAGACUUACAUAAAGUUAUGCAUAGACGAGCAUGAACAAGCAUCACAAUUAGAAACAGAUAGGAACCAUUUGUAGAAUCUUCAUAAAGAACAUUUCUUGCAUAGAAAUUGAAAUAGUAGGUAUUUUUAGUUACAGCUUAGAAGUACAUGUCCCGCAUAGAUAUAGAUUGAAAUGGUUGUUUCGAAUGACCAUCCUUGUGCUACGCUUCAUCGGAAUUCAAGGCAAACAGAUGAAUGAAUGAAUCAAAAAAUUUCAAUGCAGCAGGUAGUGAGGACCUGAGUUUCGCAC